AUGUACUCCUCGACUGAUACUUUUUUCACGACAACGACUGCGAGAAUCGGCCAAGAACAGGAAGUACGAGAGCCAAUACAGUCGCCGCCUCAACAGCAGCAACAGCAACAUCAGCAGCAGCAGAUCUUGCAGCUCUCGAAAUCACCCUCGCUGCGGGCGCGGUAUCUCUGGCUUCGGCAUGGGCCUGAUCAAGUGCUGACCCGGAAAUUGGUCGAGCUGCACAGGCUGACGGCGUCGAUCUUGACGACUCCUGUGGCGUUGCUUUUGGUGGCCAUGGGGGCCUCCUACCGCGAUCCAGAAGAGUUCAUAUUUCGAUGGGCGUGCUCAAAGGGCCAUGUCGACCUUGUCAUGCAACUGUUGAAGAACGAGCCGGCUAUCGAUCUUGGAUUCAGGUCUGAUUGGUUCCUGCGUGAGGCUGCAAAGAAUGGUCGACAAAGUGUAGUGGCGACAUUGUUGGCGCAACAGGAUUACACACCUUCAGAGAGCGGGCUCAACAAAGCAUUCGAAGCAGCAUAUGAACAAUCAUCUUGCGACACCGUCAAGGCCCUCCUGGACUAUGCCGAAUCUCGAGGAGCACUCUUAGAACAAGGAUCAACACAAUUUCACAGCGUCGUUCCAUCCACCAGGAGAGCAAGACGGGUCCUGGCAGGCGGGUUGUCGAUCCAGAAGGAUGCUGAUAAGGCUUUACGAUAUGCGGUUCGUGGGAAUGAUAUCGAGAUGGUUAGGUUGCUCAUGGACUAUGAGGCAGAUGUGCAUGCGUUUAAUGAAGAGGCGGUCCUGGUCGCAGCUCAGAAGGGCCAUGUGGAGAUUUUGAGGUUGCUGAUUCAGGCGGGUGCAGAUAUUGAGACUAAGGCUGGGGCGCCGUUGCGACAGGCUUCUGAAGGCGGGCAUGCGGAAGCUGUUAAGGUUUUGUGUGAGAGUGGAGCUGAUACCAUGUGGGGCGGCUGUAGCGCACUCCGGAACGCAGCAUCUCAAGGAUUUGACCAAAUCAUCGCGACACUUCUGGACCACGGAGCAAACGUCAACAUCCACGAAGGAACACCGCUCCAACUUGCAUGCAAGCACGGACACGAGGCUGCAGUAAAAGUCCUCCUCCGCUAUGGAGCCAACCACCGCCUUGACGACGGCGCAGCCUACAAACUAGCCCUCGAAGCCAACAAUGAGACUAUCAAUGUGCUAUUGAUUCAGGCCGAGACGGCAAUGCGGGCAAAGGAACGGGAACUGGAACGUAUCUUGCAGCAGCAGGGGCCUAUGUGGUUGGCACAACAGACCUGGUUCCCUGCCCACCAUGCCCAUACGCGGACGUUUUCGGAGCCCCAUCACCAUCAUGUUAAUGCAGCGUCGUUGGCGUCACUUGCGACUACUUUGGCUACUUCUCCGUUGAUGAUGACAGGAAAUGGGGGUGUGUUUAUUUCACAGUCUGGGGUUUCAGGAGAAGGGGCAGGAGUAGGAGGCGUGAAUAUGCCGAUGGGUGGAGGUGUUGCUGGAACCGAGUUCCUUUCAAGGGGACACAAGAGGUAUUAUAGCCAGAUGUCGAACCCGCUUUCGGUUGCUGAUCUGUUCCGGUCGGGAUCUGUGUGCGGACUCGUCGCACUGGAUGACGAGAUUCGCGCCCGACAGCGAAGUGAAAGUAAUCGUCUCUAA